AUGUCUUCUGCCGCCCACGCAUCCUCCAACGUCUCCAUCGAUAAAUUCGAUGGGGACAACUAUGCGACUUGGAGUCGAUACAUGCGUGGUGUGUUCCUCACCAAGUCGGUGUGGCAUGUGGUCAACCGGGAGAGCUCCCCGACGUUCGUGGACCCUCGAGCGCAGGACGACUACGUCAAGGCCAGCAACAUCGCGUUUAAAAUGAUGUUGCUGCACAUGGGUGCGGACUACCACCAUAUGAAAGCGGGAAGGAUCUACCUCAAGCGUCAACUCUUCAGCCUGAAGAUGGAUGAAGGCGCCAACGUCAUUCAUCACUGCAACGAGGUCCUGAACAUCACCGCCAAGCUUAGCAGCAUCGGUGCAAAGAUGGAGGACGAGGACGUCGCAAUUUGCCUUCUGCUCAGUCUCCCUAAAAGUUUUGAGAACGUUAUACUAAACUUGGAGAUGAGCAGCGUAGAGCUUCGUACCCAAGAUGUGGUGAAAGUGCUCACGAAUGAGCACACCAAGUGCCAAGGGGAGAAGGUGACAACAACAGCGACGAUGGUCAAAACUGAAGAUACAGCCAAGUCCUUCAACACUGAGCGCGAGCCAUACAAGUGCACCUACUGUGGGAAGGUGGGACGCACCGUCGAUCGCUGUUGGACCAAGCAGAAGAAUGAAAGUCGAGGAGCCCGACGCGGCGGCAAUGGUCGUGGACGCGGGGGAAACAAUGUCCAGUGGGGACAAUAUCGUGAUGAAGACAGCGACUACGAUCAAGUAGCGUUUGCAGUUUCGCUAGAGUGUGGACUCUCAGCGAAGAAGUACGUGUUCGGAAUGUGGGCCGUCGACAGUGGUGCAACACACCACAUAUGCCACGACAAGACCAAGUUUGCAAGACUGAACAAGCGCAACGACGGUGAAAUUUUGGUGGCAAAUGGCAACAAAGUGACCAUCAAGGAUGUUGGAACCAUCUUUGAAAAGGUGGUUCUGCCCGACGGUGAAGAGCGCGAGAUCGAGAUCAAGAACGUGCUUUACGUACCAAGCAUGAGCAAGAAUCUACUUUCGGAACCGCAGAUCAACGAGCACGGAAAGUUUCAAGUCGUGUUCGACUGGACCAAGAUGUUUGUCGCUCUCAAAGGAUCGCAACAAGUGGUGGCAACAGCAGAUCUUGUGGAUGCCUUUACUGGCUUCACACAGCUCACCGAUCGGCCAAUGCGACGACAAACGGAAGCAACGGUGUCAAAUUACAUGCGCGGAUGGGACACGCUCCAGCUGAUGUGCUUCGCAAAAUGGUGGCCACGAACAUGA